AUGGGUCAUCAAGGUCAAAGGCAUUCAACAAUACACAAGAUCGAUGUGGUUGAAACAAGUGAAACGAAGCUGUCAUCAAUUGACAAUGGUUUGAAAGAUAUGGAUGCGAGUCUUAAUGGUCAUGGUCACAUUCGACAUUCUGGCCCUUCCCAUCAGGUUUCAAGUUCCUCACCAUUGGAGCACGAAGAACAAUGUUUCUUGAAUUCAGCCGGGGUUGAAUUUGCUGCUACGAGUGAGAUGAAGUUGUCAUCAAUUGAAGGUAGCUCAGGCAACGUGUUUAAAAAGAGCGAGUGUUCUGAUGAUAGCUGUGUUCGACAGUCUGGUUUUAUAUCCAACAUAGCUUCAGAUUCUCCAAAUCCCAGUCACCAAGAACAAGGCCAAUUGAUAAUGCUUGAUAGUGAUGAUACUAAAGACACUUCACCGACAACUAAUGAAAUGUCAAAGGGAACUAUUUCCAAUGGUUGGCCGUAUGGGGCAGCCGCCGCAUCAGCUUUUAUUUCCUCACAGUUUAGUCUGCAAAAUAAAAGCAUACUAAUGACACUCAGUGUUGAUCAAGCCAAAGCAAGCACAACCACAUCAUUGGUUACUGGUGAAGUAUCCGCAGAAUUGAUUUCCAAUAAUAGUGAUCAAGCUCGGCAGCUGGAUUUGUUGGCCGAUUCUGUUUCUCUUGAGCAACUUGAUCAAAACCAUUUGAAGACACACCAGGAUAAACAGGUUAACAUGGGCAAGAUCAAGUUGCCGGAAGAAAAGAGCGUCCCAAAAAAGGGGUUUCAUGGUAAUAAAAGUCAAGUUCGGCAUACUGAUUCUGGUGGCAAUCGAGUUAAGCAAAUGGUCGUUCCUUCACAAGCCAAAGGAUGCUCCAAUCAUGCAUGGAUUUACGACAAGAGAGGCUCCGUGAGGUUGAACAACAAAAGGCAUAAAGUGGCCAAAAAGGAUGUUGAUAUGAAGCCGAAGGUUAAUGAGGAUAAAGAAUGCAAUGAAGAUAAUCGGUUGAAGAAUGAUGAAGCGGAGCUAAAAGUUGUUAAGCCGAUGGAGGAGCAACAGAUUCAGUCACAGUUAAAAGAUGAUAACAAUCAGCUGGCAUUAAGUGGAAUCAAUUUGGCAUCAACAAUCAACAAAGAAAAGAUCUGCAAGCAGACAUCUAAUACAGUUAGUGGUUCUGCCAUCUCUUUCCCAGUUUUCAUACAGUUCGACAGUCAGUCAGAGGGAAGAUGCGAGCAGCCGAUUAAUUUUUCAUUGAUUGUGCAAGGUCGAGAUUCGCUAGCAGUCACUGACAAGGAAGGCGCCAAGGAAAUUGGUUCUAAUAUAGUUAGUAGUGUUACAGCGACAAAUCCAGUUCUUAAGAAGUUUAACAACCAGUUUGAGGUAAGGCGCGAGAGGGUGACUACUUCUUCAUUGAAUCAAGGUCGACACUUCUCAACAGUUACAAAGGAGGUCAAGAACAAAGGUGUUGUUCCUGGUGUUAAAGUUCAAGAUGACGAGAAGCAAAAGGUGAACAGUGCUUUUAGUUCUCCUACUUUAGAUGCCCGGUUCAGUCCAAAAUCGGGCCUCAGUGUUAACAUGGCUCAAGAAUAG